CCGUCAAGUUUUCCAUCUUCCCGUCAGUCGACCAGCGCCCGCCUGCCGUCAUCCCGUCCGUUUAGCCGUCACUUCACCGGCGUCCCGCAAUGGGCAUCGCGCGCACUUGGAACGUGGAAUCGACGGUCAAGGUCGCCUUCGCCGUGGUCGUCGGCACCACGCUCGUCAGCUCCUACCUUUAUGCG